AACUUGCACGGGCAGCUUGUUGACCGCUUUGUUCGCCUGCCGUCUACCUCUACACUAUUAAAGACCUAGGGAGGACCAGGUCAUGGAUGUCACCACUGCGAAGUCGUCAUUCUCUCCGCUUGUUCGCAUUUGUAUUGGUAUAUCUUAUCCAUAAUAGUCUCCUAUCUAUCAAUGAAGCUUUAUCCUGGAGCUCCUCCCGGGCCUCCCUACAUACAACUGAAGUCCGAUCGGAGCUGACCAUUUGCCCCGCCAUGGGACCCGGGCCCGCGUGUUUACUAUCAGGUACCGUUUUCGGUGUCCGCCUAGGCGGCUUUUCCGUUCGCUCCCGGAGUGCGUGCAGCACCAAAAGUGGACAUCUUGCUCCUCAGGGUCCGGUUCCCCGUCCAUCCACUGGAGCCGUUGAAAUGCAAGGAACACCCCGCGAAUGUUCCGUUCUGCCCGCACGGGAUACGGCACUGCGCUAUUAUGGCAGUGUGGUUAUAGAAGGAGCUGUCCAUCAGCCUGUUCCGGGUAUAGCGUCGUUUUUCAUUGCUUGUAUGUAGGUAGUUGAUAGUUGCAGUGAAAGAGAAUUCGGCUCCGAGGCACCACAAGCGGAUCCCUCCUCGAGAUCCCCAGCAGGCAGGGCGAUUACACAGCGAAGACUAGACUACCCGCCGAGACCAAGCUCUCGAUUUCAACAACAACAUCCGAUUCUGGACACCACAUCAGCCGAGGGUCGAGUCUGUCGAAUUUCUCGGUUCAGCC